CCCGGCCAGGUGUAGAUGCAAACCCAGUGCGGCGGCUGUAAACAAGGCGGCGCCCGCUGCUGCUGCCGCUGCGGCUGCCACUCAACAGCGGCCUCUGGCGGCGGCGCCCGGCUCUGCAGCCUCUCGAUCCCUUCCGGGAGGAGUCGUGGAGGGGGAGGCGCCACGGAGAUCUGUCGUUCGCCCCGGGAAGGAACAAGGAAGGCAGGCAGGCAGGCAGGCAGGAUGGCGACCCGCAUGUUCGAGGGGAAGGACCACGCGCGGGUCUACCAGAAGUACCGCUUCACGCCCCAGGAAGCCCUGCAGAAGGCCGUGUUCUCCUAUCUGGACAGAAAGGCGGGUGCCUUCGGCCUGGCGCUGGACGUGGGCUGUGGCUCCGGCCAAGGGACCCUCCUGCUGGCCUCGCGCUUCCAGAAGGUGGUGGGGACGGACGUCAGCCCGGCCCAGGUGGAGGAGGCGCAGCAGGCCCCACACCCGGACAACGUCUCCUUCCUGGCCUGCCCGGCGGAGGAGCUGCCCGUUGCGGACGGGUCGGUGGACGUGUUGACCUCCUUCACGGCGGCGCAUUGGUUCGACAUCCCGCGGUUCAUGCGUGAGGCGGAGCGUGUCCUCGCGCCCUCCGGCUGCCUGGUCCUGACCACCAACACCCUCGACAUGCGCCUGCACUUCCGGGACCGCGACCAGGAGCUCACACGCAUCUUCCAAGAGUUCCGGGACCUGCUCACGCCGUACAUGAGCGACAAAGUCCGCCUGGUUGUCGGCGACUACGAAGAGAUCUUUGAGGCCGUGCCCUUCCCGAGCAAAGAGCGGAUCACCGACAUCGUGGACAAGGUCCCCAUGAGCGUGGCCGAGCUGGUGGGCUACGUCCAGUCCUUCUCCAUGUUCCAGGCCUUCCUGAAGGACCGCCCGGAGGAGGCCCAAGCCCAGGUGCAGCGCCUCCAGGAGAGGGUCCUGGAGGCGAUGGGAGAGGCUUCCCCGGAGGCCCGGCUGGAGUUCUGGAACCGGCAGGUGUGCAUCCUGGCCUCCCGCGGCCCCGUUCCUGACCACGAUCCCCGUUCCUGACCACGAUCCCCGUUCCUGACCGCGUCGCCCUCCCUCCGGGACCAAAGGGGAAGGCAGCCACGCCAAUCCGUGCCUUGCUUUGCGCCGGGACCACAGCCAAGGGAAUGGAAAUACACGGUGUUUGCUUUGGA